CUCGCAGACUCGCGGCGGACUCGGCGACCACGGCACGCGGCUCUGGACGAGAGACUUUAACGUUCUCUUGCGCUGUGUGGAUGCGUGAGCGCCACCGUGCGCACAUCUUAAUCGGCAAGCAUAGAAUCGGGCCUGCAUGCUCGAGAGUAGCAUCCCCAGAGCCACCGUUUCAAGUUCAAUGUCAGUAGCGCUGUGAGUGGUGAUCGAGACAGAGGGUUGGAUUGGUUUUAUCCGAACACUUUGGCCGCCCUGAAACCGUGUGCCUGAUCCAGUACGCGUGUGUGUGUGUGUGUCUGCCUGUGUCGAGUGGCUGACCAACCUGACGAAGACGAAGGCAAAAAAGGCGCUGAAUGUAAGGUAAAGAGAAAGCUGCCGUCCGGAGCGGAGAACCUCUCGGGUCGUAUGUACUACCAAGCGAACAUAAUCUUCACCGUCCGUGGUUUUUUUUUUUUGUCGGUUGCCAUAUUUUCUCUGCAUUCUCAGCUUUCUUUCGAGUGUUUGUUUCGCCAAUAACCCGUCCAUCUACCGUGCCGCGCGCCUUCCGAUUUGCGCAGCAACCUCCAAUGGGGAGGUUUCCGAUUUCGUUGUUGAUCUGCGCGCUGCUCUGCAUGCAGACGGCGCACGGGGCCAAGCAUGGUUCGUGCAAAAAUUGUAAAAAUAAAAUUGCUCACAACAGCCAGCGGCUAAUAGCGAGCCCCAUUAAUCUGCUCAACCCCGAUCGGUACGAGUUUUUCACGCUGGACGAUAAGGGCAAGGUGGUGAAGCGCAUCAUGACGUUCAAGGAGAUCCAGAGCAUCGUGGCCGGAAGUGACAUCACGGAGCUGAAGCUGUUUGCGAACAAAAACAACAACGAUCGUAUCGUAUCGAGCGUCGUUUCGAACGUGCGGAACGUGCUGAACAAUGAGCUGAACCUGAUGAACGGGCACGAGCAUCUCGAACCUGCCGAGUUGCCGAUAUCGGAUGUGAUCAGCACACCACAGGAACCGUCGGCUACCGCAACCAUGUACGACGUCCUGAACAAGCUGGGCGAAAGUUUGGUGACGGCAACAUCGAAAAGGACAACGACGAGACCAACGACCAGCACCACCGACCAGACGACGAGCACGCCGCCACCCACGGAAGCGAUAACGGUGUCGACGACGAAACCAACGGAACCGUUGACUACACGGUUAGCCCUUAAAACAACACAGCAGCCGACCGUAACCCGGACACAGCCAACCAAACCAACGACAACGACGACCACCACGACCACCACGACGACAGCAGCACCAACGGAGACAACCACGAGGCUGCGAUCGACAACCGUGCGUCCUACGGAGCGAUCGACAACCGUUCGUCCUACGGAGCGAUCAACGACUGUGACGCCAAGUUGGUUAAGGUCCACGGUUAAACAUACAGCGCUCAAGACUACGCAACAGCCAACGACCACCAGCUCCAUCCAAACGACACGCCAGCCAACGGUAGGUUCGACUGUACGGCCAACGGAAACCACCGCUCCUGUGCAAUCGACCGUUGGCCGCCCGACAACGACCGAGGCGCCGCUGCUAAAGUGGGCCGAAACAUCGCUAGCUGCCGUACGCCGCACAACGAAAGCUCCCACAUCGAAACCCACAGUUCCAUCGACCACUUCAGCUCCACCAACGGAACAGCCCAUGUUUAAAGAAGCACAGCCGACAGCUACUACAACGGUGGUACGAACGACGGAAGCACCAACGCACAGGACUUCGGAAAUGUCACUUCCGACAGUGAAGACUACGGCAACCGCUUUUACGAAACAACCUACAAAAGCUCCACCAGAACAGCCACUGGUGACGGAAGUUACGGUGAAACCUGUGGAGGCGUCGUCGAUGGUGGAACAUUCUUCCCAACGAUCGGAGGAGGUCUUGGAUGGUGAUAACUUGGUGGAAUAUUCCACCGAACAAUCGUCCGAAAAGUGGAAUGAGAGUGGCUCGAACGAAUCUUACACAACCUCGGAAGAAGCGUCCUCCGAAGGUACGACGACGCAGCACCUACUGACGAAGCUGGACGAAAGUGAACCAGAGUCGACAGUGAACCCUGUUGCAAUGGCUGCACAAGAUGACACAAACACGUCGCCAGAAUCGACCACUCCGAAAGAGGAGGAGGAGGAUUCUGAGACAAGCGCAGACGAGAGCAGUUCCACCGAAGAACUGUUCAAGACGACUGGUGGAUUAAGCACGUGGUUUAUGGAUCCUGUCACUCAAAAGACGCAAGCUGCCAGUGAAGUUAAGCAGACGCUAACAUCCAGCGGCGAUGAUGUGCAACCGGAAACAACACUUGCCACGGGAAGUAUGCUGGAUGAGGAGGAGCAGCCAAUUCCAACCACAACCUCCGUGGAAAUCGAUAGCUCAACCGUUCUGCAGGAUUCCACCGGCUACAGCGAUGAACAGCAGCAGUUCGACGAGAUGUCACUGACCACCCUGAAUCUUUACAGCGAAGAAUCGACGACGCAAACCGACGCGGAGCAAACGGUGCUGCCGCAAGAUACAUCGACCAUUCCUUCCGAUGCACAGCACGCGAUACAUAAGAUUAUUGAGUCACUCCAGUCGAUCAACGACAAUUCUGCGAGUGACGAAUCAGAUGAAGCGGACUCGCAGGAAAGCAUGUACCCGGGAGAUGUGCCCGGCAUGAGCUACGACACGGACGCCCAGAGCUCGAUCAAUGCCAUUAUUCAGUCGCUCGGGCAGGGUGCAUUGGGCGGUGCUGGUGGCGACAGCUCGAUCUUUUCCAUCACGACCGAAACGAUCACUACUCCGGAAGAGGAGCUAGCCACGGUAACGCAACCCGUUGUUAAAAGCAAUCCUUCUACUGUGGUUAUCGCCACGGAAAGACCUACGACUCCGGCUUCGAGUUCCCUCCGAACGACAACGGUCCAACAAACUACUACUUCGACGACGACGACGACACAGCAACCUGUGCUGAAAACAUCCAAACCAACCGUGGCUCCAGAGGAACCACAAUCUACAAGCAUUUUCAACUACAACACAAACAUAAUGGAAACGAUCGAAAAGUUCCUGAGCUCGUUCGGUAGUCUGCCGAAGGAAAGCACGUACUCGGCGAACCUUACCAAGCUGAACAUACUGAGCGACUAUCCCGCCGAGAUUAACAUGACCGAUUACGUCGAUCGGACGGCUACGGUAGCCUCGGUGCUAAAGUUUCCCCAAUCGGCCAGUCGGGAGGAAGUGGCCGACGUUACGGACGAAGUGGAAUCGUUUGAAGACACUACAACCGAAUCGGAGCUGACGCUUGCCGACCAGCCCAUCCUUAGUGACCCGAUGGCUUCGUUCAUGAAGCUCGGUGAAAUGCUUACCAUGGGCACGAAGAUCAGCUCCACCGAGCGACCGGCACCGGUACAGCAGCUGGAGGUGAAAACCGCCAUCGACGAGGAGGAAACGGAACUGUUGCGUUUCUUGCAGAUCUGCAGCAAUCUGGGCACGACCGUUUACGACUACCUCACAGACGCAUCGCACGGCACACGAUCAUUGCUCGGUGGCCGAAGCUUGGUGUACUCGCCGUUUGCCACCAUUACCACGCUGUCCAUGCUGUUCCUCGGUACGCGGGGCACCACGGCCGAAAGCAUCAACGGUGUGAUUGGCCUGGACGAGAUGACCUCCUUUAAUCCGCACCUGUUUUUCAAAUCUAUUGCCGCCGACCUUACGCCAAAGUAUCGUCGAACGUUUGCGCGCGAAGGUAAUGGCAGCGGGGCGGAUUCUACGUUCUCGCGCACUCUGCUGAGCGACGAGUCACGUGGAGGGUUGCAACGAUUCUUCAAAGCCCGCAUCCAGGAGAUUUACUCCACCGUGGCGGAAACGGUCGACUUUCGCCAGAAGGACAUGCUGCUGCGCCACAUGAGCGGAGACUUUCCGCGGGAGUAUGUGGACACGCUGAAGCAGCUGCGAUCGCCGCUGGUGUCGAUCAGUAGAAAUCGUUAUCGGCAUGACUGCAAUGGAGCUGCCACGUCUUUCGGUACGUUGCAGUUUAAGCAACGCAACAGCGCAUCUCUCCCCUCGAUUGUUCCAAGUGUAUCGUUCCGGUCCGGCUUUUCGACCGGCUACUCGAAGGUGCUCGAUGCCACCAUCCUUGCGCUGCCCGGCUCGACAAGUAACGUGUCGGUGUACUUCAUAAAACCUUCCACCGCCGCUUCCGAUGUUUCCGAGCUGGAGGCUCACCUUCGCAACCAGAGCAUAUCGAACGUGCUCAAACUGUUCCCCGAUGAAACGGUGCGGACGGCGUACGCCGAGGUGCAGCUACCCUACUUCACGCAGACCACCAUCUACAACAUGACGGAAAGCAUCCGGCAGCUGGGGCUGCAGAAUCUGUUCGAACCGAGCGUGGCCAACUUUAAUGGGCUCCAAGACUCGUCUACUGCGAACCUGCACCUGUCGGAAUUCAUACAGACGGAUUCGUUUGCACUGUGCGGGGCGGCGGCUGGCGAAAGUGUAGCCAGAACCAUACCGCUGCGUAGCUUUUCGACCAAUCUGGUCAAGCAUACGGUGGAGCCUGCGGGCCAUCGAUUGAUGCGACGCAAUGGUCGUAAGCUUGCGCUUCGAAACCGGUCCGCUUUCGAGACCGUACCAAACUUGCAAGAUAGUAGUAGUAGCAGCAGCAGCAGCAAGCUAGUAUUUGACACACCGUUCUUCUACUUGGUCAGACAUAAUCCGACCGGGAUGGUCCUGUACAUGGGACGCUUUGUAGGUAAUGCUUAAUAAUAAUAAUAAAUUAUGUGUGUAAGAUCUUA